AAAAUUUCCGUGCUUGUUUGUUUUUGAUGGCAGUCGACUAGGUAUUUUAAAUUAAUUAAAAAUUGUUGAAAUAAUAACCCUAUUACAGAAUGGAUGAUGCGGAUAACAGUUCUUCCGACGAAUCAAUGGAACUUUUUCCCAUAGAUCACAAUCGUGAAGAGCUAGUAUUUAAAUAUGACGAUCCCUUUGUUAGUACUGGAGUUAUAAGAGCUGUUAUAGAAGGUGACAAAGAAAAGUUACAGGAUCUUUUAAAAGCAGGUAGAUCUAUCAACAUUAAUGAUAAUCAUGGGAAUACCCCAGUGCACAUUGCAGUAAUAAACAACAAUGUUACAAUUUUAAAGUUCAUAUUAGAAGUAAAGUCACUGCUUGUAAACUCUAGAAACUUUAAAGGAGAGACUGCUCUAUUUUUGGCAGUCAGAUAUCAAUUUACUGAUAUAGUAUUAUUAAUGUUACAAGCUGGGGCAAAUGUAAACUUACCAAACAAUGAAGAAGUUACUCCUUUACACAAUGCAUCAAACAACCCAGAAAUUGCACAUUUACUUAUAAAAAAUGGGGCAAAACUGGAUGUUAUUGAUUAUGGGGGUGAUACACCUUUAAAUGAGGCAGUCAGCAGUGGUUGCUUAGAAGUUGUUUGUAUGUUGUUAUAUUACAAUGCCGAUGCAAAUGCUUGCAGUGAUCACAAUCUCACACCAUUUAUGAAAGCUUUAAUUCGAGAAGAUAUAGAAAUUCAAAGAACAUUAUUUAACUAUGUAGAUGAUUUUAAUCAAAGAACACAAGAAGGAAUGCCUAUUUUGGCUUUGGCCCUUACUCAUGAAACCCUUUUUGUGGAGGAAAUUAUAAAUAGGGGGGCCAAUGUUAAUUACCACUUGGAUUUCAAAACUCCAUUUGAUGCCUUUCAGCUUUGCCUUCAAGUUCCUGAUGAAGAUAAAUUUAGAUUGAUUUGGAAUAAAUUUGUUUACCUUGAUUAUGAUAAAGAGAGUAUAUUAAGCAAGCUGUGUAAAGCUGAUUUGUCAAGUAAUAAUUUUACAGAAUAUUUAGACAUUAUUUUGAGUAGCUGUAAUUUAAUGACUGCCAUAUAUGCACCAGAAAAGGAUGACGAUAUAAAAUUACUUAUAACUACAAUGGUAAGACUCAUACUGCCAGUGGAUUACAUUAAUAACGUUAUUUACAUUUUGUGGUCUUAUGGAAAAAAUGUUACACCUGAAGACCUGGACUCUAUGUUCUAUUAUUUUGGGUAUUGUGAAUUAUUUAAAAUUGGGCUCCACAUGGACAUAAAAAAUAUUGGAUUUGAUGAAAAUUUUAAUUUUUUGCACCUUCUAUAUGAUCCACAAUUAAGCUUUAAAUCUUUUAUAAUAAUACUGAACAGAUACAUUGGUUUGUUUGACUUAAAUGUUAUGUUUAUAAACAGAAUGUCCAAAUUUAUGAGUAUUCCUCAGUUAACUAAUAUUCCAAAUUAUAAUCAUGUUGUACCUUGUUUAAAAGAUAUUGCUAGAAAUGUGGCCAGAGACUACAUUAUAGAAACCUAUAAUCUACAAACUUCCAGACAAUAUAUGACACAUGUAAAUCACAUGGAAACAUCACAAGUUUACAAAAAACUUUUAUCUUAUGAGACCCAGCUAUAUUAAAUGUUAUAUGAAUAGAAAUUAAAUUAUUAUGUUAAAGAGUUUAUGAUGUUAC